CCCGGCCCCCCCUUCUUCUUGCUCCUUCUCUCGCUCUCGUUGAUCGUAUCCUUCCCCAACCCUCCAUCCAACAACACAUCAGCGCAAUGUCCGGUGAGAAGCCCCAUUUGUCGAUCGUCAUUUGCGGUCACGUCGACUCUGGAAAGUCGACCACCACCGGUCGUCUUCUCUUCGAGCUCGGUGGUAUCCCCGAGCGUGAAAUGGAGAAGCUUCGUCAGGAGGCUGAGCACCUCGGCAAGUCUUCCUUCGCUUUUGCUUUCUACAUGGACCGUCAAAAGGAGGAGCGUGCCCGUGGUGUGACCAUUGCCUGCACCACCAAGGAGUUCUUCACCAACAACUACCACUACACCAUCAUUGACGCCCCCGGUCACCGUGAUUUCAUCAAGAACAUGAUCUCUGGUGCCGCCCAGGCCGAUGUCGGUCUUCUCAUGGUUCCCGCUGACGGUAACUUCACCACUGCCAUCCAGAAGGGUGACCACAAGGCCGGUGAAAUUCAGGGCCAGACUCGUCAGCACGCUCGUCUUCUCAACCUUCUCGGUGUGAAGCAGCUUGUUGUUGGUGUGAACAAGAUGGACUCUGACCCCGCUGGUCCCUACAAGAAGGAGCGUUACGAUGAAAUCGCCAACGAGAUGCGCAACAUGUUGGUCCGUACCGGCUGGAAGAAGGAGUUCGUUCAGGGCAGCGUUCCCGUCAUCCCCAUCUCUGGAUGGAUCGGUGACAACUUGCUCAAGAAGUCUGAGAAGAUGUCUUGGUACCAAGGUCAGGAGGUUACCGCUCUCUCUGGAAAGAAGGUCAAGGUACACACUCUCCUCGAUGCCUUGAACGACUUCGCUGAGAUGCCCGAGCGUAAGAACGACGCGCCCAUGCGUGUCCCCAUCUCUGGUAUCUACAAGAUCAAGGGUGUCGGUGAUGUGCUCGCUGGCCGUGUUGAGCAGGGUACCGUCUUGCCCAACAAGGAUGUUGUCUUCGUCCCCACCCACACCGCUGCCAACCCAUGUGGUGGAAAGGUCUUCACCGUCGAAAUGCACCACAAGAAGGUGGAGAAGGGUCUUGCCGGUGACAACAUCGGUAUGAACAUCAAGGGUCUUGACAAGAACAACAUGCCCCGUGCUGGUGACAUCAUGAUCUACAAGGAGGACAAGUCCUUGAAGCCCGUCAAGGCUUUCACUGCCCAAGUCCAGACUCUCGACAUCCCCGGUGAGGUCAAGCCCGGAUACUCUCCCAUUGGUUUCGUCCGAUGCGGUCGCUCUGCUUGCCGUAUGAAGGAGAUCAAGUGGAAGAUGGGUAAGGAGACUGGUAUGAAGAAGCUUGAGGGUGCCCACUCCCUCAAGGCCAACGAGGCUGCUGAGGUCGUGUUCGAGCCCAUCCAACCCCUUGUCGUCGACUCCUUCAAGAACUGCGAGGGUCUCUCCCGUAUUGCCUUCCUUGACGGUAACUCUGCUGUCAUGUUGGGCAAGGUAACGCAAGUCGAAUACAAGGAUUAAGCCUGCUGGGUAGGAUCGAAUGUUCUUUUAGUAUAGUGUUUGUCAUUUAGGCCCCAUUUGGUUCUUGCAUAAAUAUAUAGCACGUUUGUUUGCAAAAGAAGGCUUUUGCGACCUGUUGAUUUAUUUGGGGGGACUUGUAAAUGUUUGAUUUCUUUUGGGCAACCGUUAGAAAUGAGAAUGAACGUUUUAGUCAAUUCUGAAUUGUUGCAAAUGAUUGCUGCAAUGUCUUUUGUCUUUAACGAGUUUCUAACGGUUGUGCAUAUACCUGCAUGACGGGCAGGUCCUUCUUUCCAAGUGAUGGAUGGAAACUAUAAAGUCAUAAAGCGCAUGGAUAGACAAGAAUGAUGCAAAGGGCAUUAAACAAACAGGACAAGUUUUAAUGGUAGUUACACGCUGUCGUAACAUGGUCGAUACGUUAAAUAAAGG